AUGCUUACUAACGACGUUUUCAUGGAGGAAUACGAUCGCGUCUGUUUGCUCGAUCUCUCGAAGCCGUUGCCAACUCAAGCCUUCAACACCAGCAUCCCACUGGUGACCUCGAUGACCGAGACGGAAUCCUACUCCAGUCAAUUGAUAGCCACUGCAACCGCGCGACGAACGGCUUCCAUGAGUUCAGCGUCUGCUACUAACAGCGCGAGCACGACGACUACUAGCAGCGUUACUCAAUCUUCCGUAGCGACUUCUACGGCAUCUUCGUCCGCGAACACCUCCGCAGAUGGCACCUGCGGCGAGUCUACCGGGUAUUCGUGCACCAACUCUCGAUUUGGGAACUGCUGCAGCAAAUUUGGCUACUGUGGAUCAACGAGCGACUACUGCGAUACCAACUGUGACCCUGGAUACGGCGAGUGCAAGGCUUCCUCCAUAGCCAGCAGUCUGACUCCGACCUCAGCAUCUACGGUGACCCCGACAUCCACAGCCAACAUCUCGCCUAAUGGUCUGUGUGGAGCCAAUAAUGGAGGCUAUACCUGCCUGAAAUCACAAUUUGGCAAUUGCUGCAGCCUUUAUGGUUACUGUGGAUCGACCAGCGACUAUUGUGCCUCCCAAUCUUGCGAUAACUCCUAUGGAGAAUGCUUUGCUUGA